ACUUUCGAUCUUUCAUAUCAAAGUCGUUCAGCCCCAUAGAUACCCUGUUUAAAUACCCUGUUCACCACUCAGGCCUCCUUGAUCUUGGAGAAGACCUUCUGCCCAGCAUGGCGCCUAGCGAUAAGGCAGGACCUUCGAAGCCCUCAUCAAAUUGGUUGGCUUUGCAGAAAGAAUUACCGACAAAGUCUGCAAAGUCCAGUUCUAUGACUGCGCAUGUACGCAAAAAGCGCAAGGUUGAUCAUACCAGUGCCUCACCGGAUGCAACAGUGACACAAAGUAUUUCUGCUUCUGCGGAGAUGUCCUUUAUUCGUGGAAAGCAGAUGGUUGCAUCCACUUCUGUGGCCUCUGUAUCCAUAUCGUCUCUUCCGGACGCGAUAAAGAAUGGCGAGUCGUUAGCUUCUCUGCGGAGAAUGGUUGUGGGUGAAUUGGAGUACACCACGAUCCAGCAACAACCAGGGAAAUAUCUCGCCGUAGAUUGUGAGAUGGUUGGUGUCGGCAUCAACGGAGCAGAAUCCUCGUUGGCGCGUGUCAGUCUGGUCAACUACCACGGAGCCGUGAUCAUGGAUGAAUUCGUUCUGCAGCGCGAACGCGUUGUAGACUACAGAACAGAGUUCAGCGGUAUUCGACCAACUGAUAUGAUUAAUGCAAAACCUUUUGUCGAAGUGCAAGAGAAGGUGGCUCAAUUAUUGAAAGACCGGAUAUUAGUGGGCCAUGCGGUACACAACGACUUAAAGGCUCUCCUACUGUCACAUCCACGACACCAAACCCGAGAUACACAACUAGAAGCCAAGAAACACAAACUCACGAGAUCAUCAAGACCCGCUCUACGGCAUCUGGUUCAGCAAGAACUUAACAUCGUAAUUCAGUCCGGAGAGCACUCAUCUGUACGUGCUGUUAAACACACAUUAUCUUUGAACCUUUUACUCAAUCCCCGGUUUGAACAGGUAACUGAUGCAAGAGCCACAAUGGCCGUAUAUCGUAUACACCGAAAAGUAUGGGACAAAGGUCACCCUCCACUCUCCUCUACAAUCUCCUCAGGGAAGAAACGAAAACGUACGCCAUCGUCUGACCACGAAUCAGGUAGUGAAGACGAGGACCGUCCAGCGUCUAAAACUAGCUCACACAACACCAAGCAAUUUCCCGGUGGAGGUCGAAAAGGUGUCUCUUCUGGUCUUUCGACGGUCACUAGACAUACUGGUAAAAGCUCUAUUGGGCAUGGAUCAAGUAAUCUGGAGACGAAGAAUGCUUGGUGGAAGGAACUUGGAAAUGGGUCGAGUGGUUCCAAGGGUUCCUUGCGUAUGAAGUUUGGAUAAAUUUGUUCGUUUCCAAAUAUUCGACUUUGGACAUAUAUACUAAGAUAUUUCGGACUUAUUAAAAAGGAUCUCGGUUCCGAACUAUCGAUGAUAUGUACCAGUAUCUAGAAGGGUUGGAACGUAAGAGUGGAUGCCAGAGUUGAGAUGAAGCAUUCCUUGUUGAUCCUCUGGAAAACAAGUCUCUUCACUGACAAUGAACAAGUAGUCCGCAGCAAAUAUAUAGUGGCAUACUUUUGGGAAGACGUAAGGAACAAUGCGACGUAGACAUAAUACAAAAGGCUAUAAGGAAGGAAUACAAGAAUUGAAGCUCUAAAAGUGCGAGUUGUACAACCAUGUCUGGAGGUGAUACAUAGAUGAGGAUUCACGGGACCAAAAAAUACAAUAAAAUGAUACAG